AUGAUCCGACACCCCAGCAGUGUGAUCAUCGCGGGCCCCUCGGGCAGCGGCAAGAGCGAGUUAGUGGAACAAUGGUUACGGUACCUCAACGUCUUUCAAGUCAAACCCCACAAGAUUGUGUAUGCGUACGACCGAUGGCAACCCCGGUUCGAUCGGAUGCAAAAGAAGGAGGGGAUUCAGUUUCAUCGCGGGUUACCGGACCCCCGUCAUUUGACCCAAUGGUUUGGUCGAACGCGCGGAGGGGUAUUGGUGUUGGAUGAUCUGAUGGAAGAAGGGGGACAGGACAAACGCGUGUUGGAUUUGUUCACCAAAGAUUCCCAUCAUCGCAACAUCACCGUCUUGUAUUUGACGCAAGAUUUAUUUCCGCCUGGCAAAUUUUCCAAGACCAUUAAUCGCAACGCGCAUUACAUUGUGGCCUUCAAAAAUCCCCGGGAUCAAACGGGCAUACGGACUAUUUUACUGCAAGCCUUUCCCGACCGAUGGCGUCAAGUCUUGCGCCUAUUUAAACGCGUCACGUCCCGUCCCUUUGGCUAUUUGAUGUUGGAUGUGCAUCCGGCCUCGGAUGAUCGCUACCGCCUGUGGAGUCAUUUAACGCCCCGGGAAGGCAAGGCGCAAGUGCAUACCCUGCCCGUGGAUGCCCCUGCCGUUCGACAACGAACUGCAACGAGAACUCGCCAGGGUCCGCCGGCAAAGAGAAGGCGGACAACAUACUGAGUUAGCGACCCGCAUGGACACCCCCACCUUCUCGCCCGCCGGGGUGGGUUCCCCCACCGCACCUCCUCCUGCCCUCCAGGAUCUCAGCAGCAUGACGGACAUGGUGACCGAAUUGACCCACCCGGUGGAUCGAGCCCAAUUGGAUCAAGAGAUUGAGGAUUUUCAAUUGACCUACCCGGUCAAUGUGGACGAUGCUUUGAAUGCGUUUACGUUACCACCCGUGGCAGGCACAGGCACUGCCCCCGCCACCACCACCACCACAGCACCACCACCACCCGCCAUCACCACCGCUCCCACCACCACCGCCACUCAAACCCGCCCUACCACGUCCACCCGAACCCGCCCCACGGCCACCACCACCACCACCACCACCUCCAGCUCCAGACGACCCAGACCACGACCUGUCACCACCGCUACCACUACUACGGCUCCCUCCCGCCCCUCCACCAGUCGCCGCAGUGCUGGGGCAGGGACCAGGACCACCACCUCUACGGUGACGACCCCGACAGGACGCCCCACCAUCGCCGCCAAACAACCGCGACGACGUCCCCGCGUGCCCUCCCCACCGUCCCCGGAUUCCCCCCCUCCGUCAGAUGAUGAGGAUGAAGAUGAUGACGAGGAUGAUCGACGGCGGGGAUUAAGGCAACGGUUGGAUUUGCUCAAUGAAGAUGCUCAAGAACGGGCUCGAGGGAGGCGCAUUCGCAAUAUCACGCAUACCAAUACCGUCACCACCGUGUAUGAAGAGGGAGGGCGACCUUCGGUACGACGCACGUCCACCCGAACCUCCAGUCCAAGCCCG